UUUCCGCCGACGCCGCUGGGCCUCCCCGCGCAGAAGCUCACCAGACGGUGCGUGUUCCUCGAUAACAUGCUCGCGGCGUCGGAGCUCGUGGACGAGAACGCGAGGAAGGAGUUCGAGGAGGACGUCCGCGGCGAGUGCGCCAAGUGCGGGCUCAUCGAGGCGAUGGCCACGCCCACGCCGUCCGCGGAGGCGAUCGAGCUGGCGCACCCGGGCCGAUGCUACGUCAAGUUCCAGGAGGAGUUUAGCGCUAGAGCCGCGCGAGAGAUGCUCGACGGGAGGGUGUUCGACGGGCGAACGGUGAGGGCGUCGCUGGCGACGGACGAAGAGUUUGAGCGCGCCGCCGCGGGGGCGUGGCUGCCGCCCAGGCCGCCCCCGGGUGACCCCUCCCUCUGCGGGAUUUUGCGACUGAGGUCGGUGCCGUACGAAGCCACCAAAACCGACGUGGUUAACUUUUUCUACGGCAUGGGGGUCACGGAGGAUAAGGUCAAGAUCGUCCUGGACGCGAACAGCGCCAGCACCGGGGAGGCGUUCGUGGAGUUCUCGGGCGAUGACGCGAACAUAUCGCAGGCGCUCAUGAAGGACCGCGCGGUGCUGGGGUCGCGGUGCGUGGAGAUGUUUCGGUCGUCGCUCGAGGAGGUGCAGCGCAUGGCGAUGAUGGGCAGGCCGCUCAUGUGAGAUUCUUAACGAUAGAGGGACGGCGAGAUGAUAUAACAGGAAACGCAGAGAUCU